UAUGACUGUUUUCCGCUGCCUCAAGAUAGUGAUUCACCAAUGUGCCUGAUCACACCCCAUUUUAUCUAUCGUACCCAUAACACUAAUGAGCACCAGCCUGAUAAAACUGUGAGCUCUGGACAUGAAAGUGGAACCUGGCACAGCUCAUACGUCAUGAGUCAAACCUUUCCUGAGAAAUCAGCAGGUUUCCUUCCUGCACCUCCUUCUGUCAAUGAAUAAAGAUCAUGUGACUUUCAGACUUCUGAUAAAAUAAAAAGGCAGAAACCAGCAACCAUCCUCAGAAGAUCUCAACUCUUUCAACUGUCCAGUGUGACAAAAGCUUUGUGUUGAACAAAGCGGAGCAUGACUUUGUGGAACUUUGGUCGGAGCUGAACAACGUUGAACGCUCCUAAAAAGACUGAGCAAUGGACUCGGAUAUCAGUGGGACGAUGGAGGUGGCAGCACUCGGUCGGCCUUUCAGCCUCGGGAUGUUGUACGACUGCCGCAAAGACUCACUUGUGCCAGGCAUGACAUUGUGGGAUCAUGAUGACAUGAUAAAACAUAUUGAUGAAAGGCAACAGAACUACAAUGACUUUGACAUAGUUGCCUCUGAAUCAAUUGAAGAUAAAUCUUCAGCCCUGGAUGUUGAAGCAUCACUGAAGGCAAGCUUCUUAGGUGGACUUGUAAAGGUUAAUGGAUCAGCCAAAUACUUGAAUGAUAGCAAGACUUCCAAAAACCAAGCCAGAGUAACACUGAAGUAUCAAACUACCACAAAGGUCCAGGAACUGUCAAUGGAUCAUCUUGGAGCAGGAAAUGUGAAGCAUCAGAAUGUUUUUGAGAAAGGAUUGGCGACACAUGUAGUCACAGCUAUUCUUUAUGGGGCACAAGCCUUCUUUGUCUUUGACCGUGAGGUUUCUCAAGAAGAAGAUCAUCAAGACAUUGAGGGAAACUUGAAGGUCUUGAUCGAGAAGAUUCCUGGUCUUGCCAUAGACGGUGAGGGUUCACUGAAAAUGGAAGAUGAAGACAAAGCAAAUGUCGACAAGUUCUCCUGCAGUUUUUUUGGAGACUUCUCUCUCAAGAAAAUGCGGACAUCCUUUCAGGAAGCAAUCCAAGUUUAUAAAAGUCUGCCGGAGCUGCUGGGAGCAAACGGAGAAAACGCAGUACCAAUGAAGGUGUGGCUGCUGCCGCUGACAGCUUUAGAUUCUUCUGCUGCUAAACUCGUAUGUCAGAUAAGUUUAGGAUUAGUCAAAGAAUCUCAGAGGGUCCUGGAGGACUUCAGUGAGCUGGAAAUGAGGUGCAACGAUGCUUUAAGAACCACCACAGUACAGCAGUUCCCACAGAUCGGCAAAAAGGUUAAAGCUUUUAAAGACAUGUGCUCUCAGUUCAAACUUGAGUUCCAGCAAGAACUGAAAAAGACUCUUCCAUCAAUCCGAGGAGGAGGAGAAGAGGAGGAUGUACUCACAGAGAUCCUGAAGAAGAUACACUCUUCUCCUUUCAAUAACGAGAAACUGAAUGAGUGGAUGGAUUGUAAAGAGAGAGAAAUCCACACAAUAAUGUCUUUGACUGACACGAUGAAAAACACCAUGACUGUACCAUCUCAAAAUCACCUGUACAAAGAAAGUCUGAAAGCAGAACAUGCUGUGUGUUUUGUCUUCACCUCACUGGGGAGUGAUGAGCCGUACCUCUCAGCUUUAUCAAACUACUUAAGAAAAACACCAGAACCAGAAAUCCCUCAAGAUCCAGGUACUCAGGACCUGGAGAACAAACAGUGGUAUGCUUCAAGAGAAAUGGCAGAUUCAAUGAGGAAGAAAGCAAAGAUCUUCAGGGACUUUGCAGAGGCCAACCAGGGGAACAAGAGCGUUAGGUUCUUGACUGCUGGAAUUAAAAAUGAGACGCUGAAAGGUUCCAGCAUCUACCUUUACAAAGAUGGCUUUUCUGUCACUGAGGACUUUGAGCCUCCUUCAAAGCCUGAAUCAGUGACAGUAAGUGACAUCAACCACAACAGUGUGACUCUGAAGAUUGAUCCCCCAAAGUUUGGAUUGGAGAACAUCACCUCCUACUCUGUUGAGCGCUGUGUCAGUGGAGAGGAAGGAUGGAAACAACAGACCGCAUCCAAAGCUGGAGAAGUGACGGUGGGUGAUCUGAGUCCAAACACAGAGUACAUGUUCAGGUGCAGAGCAGUGACCUCAGUUGGUCUUGGACCAGCCAAUCAAGUCAGUGGUCCCAUUAAAACUUUAUCUUGCAGCCCUCCAGUGAAACCUCAAGUGGAACCAAGCCCAAGUGAAAUAUCAAAGAGCUUGAAGACACGUGCUGAGCAUGAACAAGAUGUCUGGAGUUUGAACAACAUCCCGGAAGUGUGCACAACAAAACAAACUCUUAAAGAUGAACUCAAACUGAAAAGCAAACAGGUCAGUUCUGCAUCACCCUCAGUUUACCAGCUGCCUCUGGAAAGAGGGAAGUUGGUAAACAUAAAACACUGUCGGAAGUUCAGUUUUGGUAAAGAAAGCAUGAAGCCGAACCGCACGAUAAUGCUUCUGGGAGCGACCGGAUCAGGAAAAUCUACUCUGAUCAAUGGAAUGAUGAACUUCAUCCUUGGAGUGAACUGGACGGACAAUUUCAGAUUCAAACUGAUCGACGAGGAGCAAACAAAAUCACAAGCUGAAAGCCAGACCUCUGAGGUCACUGUGUACAAAAUCAACCACCAGGAAGGCUUUAACAUAGAUUACUCAGUGACCAUCGUUGACACUCCAGGCUUUGGAGAUACAAGAGGCAUAAAGAGAGACAGAGAGAUCGUAGAACAGCUGCGUAAUCUCUUUUCUUCUGACCACGGUGUCCGAGAUAUUGAUUCUGUGGGGUUUGUAGCUCAGGCCUCUUUAGCUCGACUCACACCAUCACAGAGAUAUGUGUUCGAUUCAGUGCUCUCAAUCUUUGGAAAAGACAUCGCAGAAAACAUCAGGAUUCUGGUGACAUUCGCAGACGGCCAGUGUCCACCAGUUCUUGAGGCGAUCAAAGCUGCAGAUGUCCCCUGUCCAAAAACAGGAGACGGGAAGCCGGUUCACUUCAAAUUCAAUAAUUCAGCAUUAUUUGCAAACAACUCAGCUGCAGCAGACAGCAUGAGUGGAGAUGAUGGAAGCUUUGAUGAGAUGUUUUGGAACAUGGGGACAAAAAGCAUGAUGAGGUUCUUCGACGCUUUGAAUCACAUAAAUACCAAAAGCUUGAGCAUGACGAAGGAGGUCCUCAGAGAAAGAAAGCAGCUGGAAGUUUCAGUCGAAGGUCUGCAGAUCCGGGUUAAAAAUGGGUUAGCCAAGCUCGAGGAGAUUAAAGAGACAGCUGAGAAACUGAAAGGGUGCGAGGCAGAGAUCAGCAGAAACCAGAAGUUUGAAAUCAAAGUCAACGUCAAAAAGCCUUUCCAGGUAGACUUUUCUGGUUCUGGGAAAUAUCUCACCAACUGUCAGCAGUGUAAUUUCACCUGCCAUGACAGUUGUAUCUUUGCAGAAGACAAAGACAAAAUAAAGUGUUCUGCCAUGGGAUCAGACGGAAUGUGUACUGUGUGUCCAGGGAAAUGUAUCUGGAGUGUACAUUUCCAUCAGAAGUACAAAUGGGAGUAUAAGGACUGUACAGAAAUAAAAACAGUUGAGGAGCUGAAGAAAAAGUAUGACAUAGCUAAAGGUGACAAAUCAGGUGUUGAGGCACUGAUCAGAAAACUGAAGGCUGAAUAUGAUGCUGUGCAGACUGAGGUGGAGAAACUGAUGGGGCAAAUGACUAAGUGUCUGAACAGACUUAAAGAUAUUGCACUGAGGCCAAAUCCUCUCUCCACCCCAGAGUACAUCGACAUGCUCAUUCAGGGAGAGAAAAAUGAGGGCAAACCAGGCUGGAAGAAACGAGUUGAGGCCCUGACAGAUAUGAGGGAAAACGCAGAUUACAUGGCCAGAGUAGAGAGAGGAGAGAAACUUCUAGAGAGGAACACUGAACCCACAUCACAACCUCAGUCAUUCUGGAGCAGACUCUUCUCGUGGUAAGCCUCAACUUGAACCAGCUUUGCCAACACAAGCUCGGACAUAAAUGAUCAUAAAGAAGUGAUGCUAUCAAGAUUAGGCUUAACUGAAUGCUAUGUCCCCUAGAACAGGGUUUCAUAAGAAGUUUCAGCCUGCGACCCCCACUGUUCCUCAGGGUGGUUAAUAGUUCCUCACUGCUGUGGGAGUACAUUAAUAGGCAAAUCUAAAAAUGGACGAAAUAGAACAAAAAGAAAAGGCCUUGUAUCCUUUAUUAAAGAUUCAUAUUGUUGGUGAUUAAGUGUUUGAUUACAUUUUAUGCUAAAACUUGAACUGUUAGAGAUCAGGACGCCUAAACAUCAAACGAGUGUUUUUAUUUUCUAUCUUUUUAUCUCUCAAAUAUAAAAAUACGAAUGUUAACUGUUUUUAUUUUUCAGUCCGUCUUUGAAAUAAAUGAUGAUGGACUGUAUUAGAGCGUACAUGUUUUUACUAUUUCUAACAAGUAUGAAGUUUAUUUUCAUGAUGAUUUCAAACAAAUGUAUUCUGAACAAUCAUAUUUACUCCUGGAACUCUUGUGUAUUGCCUUUUUAAAUGCUUUGUGUCUCUUAGAGAUCGAAAAAUCAAUAAAUAAUCAACAAUAAAUCAAUUUCAACAUUUCAAAAUGUUGUCCGUGACUGUUGUUGCUUCAAUGUUAUUCUCUAUCUUCUGCUGCCACAGUUUAUGUUCCAACACCUCUCAGGUCAGUCACCCUGUGGACUGAAGAAGACUUACAUUCUUUCUCUAGAUAGCAAACAUGUAAAAAAUUGGUCCUGCUUCUCAGCUCAAUUAUUCCCUCAUUCAAUCAAUUGCUUUAUGGUCUCAAUUUCUUGUUCUUCAAUAAGCUAAGGAAUAAGGAAAAGCUUUUUUCCUCCAGGCUCCAGGGGCCACGUCCGGACUGAAGCGGCCAAAAAUGAGACCUAAAGGAUGAAGAAACAUGGAGAGAAAAGAAAUAA